AUGGCCCCGGGCACCCGGUGCGGGGCUGAUGUACCUGCUGCUGGCGACCUGAGGCGCGGAGAUGCUCAGAGUGGGGCCGGCUCUCUCUGGGCGGAGAAGGAGUGUGGAGAUGGAGUCCUGGCGGCAGGGCCCUUAGCCCUCUGGGCGGAGAAGGAGUGUGGAGAUGGAGUCCUGGCGGCAGGGCCCUUAGCCGUGUGCUCAGGGUCCUUGGCCCCAGAAAAGCGGGACAGACAGGUUUCCAGUGACUCCGGACCUGGGCCCAUUCCCAGCCGUGCCGCCCUCUUGCUGCAGGAUUUGGGCCUCGCCAACCUUGUCCACCUGAGAAAGGAGGGCUGUGCUCACAAGCUGGGUGCAGCUGAAGGUCAGAGCGAGCAGAACAGCGCCCGGCCCGGUUCAGGGCAAGCUCUGAGCAAUGCGGCCCCUCCCUUCCAGGGCGCCGUACCCCUGGAGCAGGCGCAGAACCCCACUUCAGAGCGUACAGCCUUCCUGGAAAAGGGCGGCCUGUGCUGCCACCUGGUGGCCACUGUGAGAGGCAGAAGUGGCCUCCUGCAGGGCUGGGGUUUGGAAUCACAUUGUCAGGCUGCUAGUGAUUCGAGUCACAAGAUUCCUAUUUCAACCUUCGAAUCUGGAUGUGACCAAGCAACUGAGCUACAAAACCUUCAUGGGUUCAUUCAUCCGAACCCAGGGAAGUGGCCACCUAUCUACUGUAAGUCUGACGAAAGAGCCAGAGUCAACUGAUGCCUGAAGCACACGGAGAAGGGGUCGGAAAUCAGGCAAAAUCGGGAACUUCUCACUGUCGAGGAUCUUGCAGUGGGGAUCUACCAGCAAAAGUUCCUCAAGGAGCUCUCCAAGACCUGGGUUUGGAGCCUCCUCAAUGUGGCCACGGGGGAUUAUUCUAGCAACACAAGGUGCAAGUGGCACGAGGAAAAUGACAUUCUCUUCUGCGCCUUAGCUGUUUGCAAGAAAAUUGCGUACGGCAUCAGCAAUUCUCUGGCCACGCUCUUUGGAAUCCAGCUCACAGGGGCCCACGUGCCCUUGCAGGAUGACGAGGCCAGCAACAGGGUGACACCCAAAAUGGUCAUAUUGGAUGCAGGGCGGUACCAGAAGCUAAGGUUUGAGAGCUCAGGAUUCUCUCAUUUCAACUAUUCUAAUCAGGAACCAAGAUCAAACACACCCACUGGUGACUACCCUUCUGGGGUGAAGAUUUCAGGCCCGAACAGCAGUGUUCGGGGAAGAGGGAUCAUGCGCCUGCUAGAGCGCAUCUCAGGCUCCUCCAGCAGCGUCCCCAGGUUCUCCAGCUGUGAGACCGCGCUCUCCCCUUCCCUGUCCCCGAAGGGUGGGUUCAAGUCCUCCUCCCCCUUGUCUUAAUGAUGGUACUUCUUCAAUUCUGGGAAAAUAG